AUGCCUACCUACUGCGUGAAAGUCAGCCGCGGCUCCGCGGAAGACACACGUUCGGUACCAACAAAGGCACCGCUGACCAGGAGAAAAUUUUCGUCCCCCACACUCUCAACCCUCCAUCCGGGUCUGGCGUCCAAACAACUCAUCAUCCUCGCCACCCCACUGCAAGAAGUGCCGAUCCUCCUCGUAGAAGCAGCCAGCACAAGACGUAGCGUCGGCCGGAACAGCACGAGCUACCUGAUCCACACAGCCCCAACUCCUGCAUCGCCAUUCCAGUCCGGUGGUCCGACCUUCGCCCUCCGGUGCCGAUCUUGCUCGCACCCACGGACUGGGAAGGUGGUGCUGUUACAAGGCUUGAGUGGGGGACAAAUCAAACAAUGCAGCAGCAUGUGUAGCCGACUCCGUGAAUACUGA